AAAAACGAAAAAAACAAUAUAAAACCGGAAGAUUUUUUACGAAAUUUUUAUGAAAUAAACCGAAUAAAGUAGGCUUUCUACCUAACUUUUCAUGUUAUUUUCUACAAUGUCGUCUCCGCAGUACAAGUUAAAGAAAUGUGGAAUAAAGUACAAUCCCCCCUCGAUCAUCCUGGACUAUGUUGUGUCAAAGUCAGGAAAGUUGAGGAGGCGAACAAUGCCACUGAGAAACUUCUCAAAGUGGUCAUCAGUUGAACAAUGUGCAAAGGAUUUACGCGGAAAUCCAAGACAUGCAAGAUAUUUGGAGAAUCUUCCGCAGAGUCAGCUACUCAAAAUGAUUCAGUUGAUUCAUGACAAACUAAACGGUAUAGCCCUGCAGGAAAGUUUGAAGAAAAGUGAAGUGUUGAAUAUGGUUGAUCCAGAUGAGGAUCUAAAUAAAGUUGACGAUGAUGUUCUCAAAAGGAAAAAGGCAAUAAUGAACGAGACGUUCGAAAAAAAUCAGAAAAAGCCUGGCGAUCCGGAUUUUACUUAUGAAGUGGAAGUUGACUUUCCUGAGGUUGCUGUGGAAACGAGUGGCUGGGACUCUGAUGAUAACAAUUCAGAUUUCUAAAAAUAGUUGAUUUUUGUGAUUCAAAUGACCAUUUUUGAAUUUGCCAAAGUCAACAAGUAUAUAAUAUAUGAACAGUAAAUGCUCACAAACUUAUUUCUUCUGAAGUAAAGGGUUUUUCAUAUUGUUGUAUAGAAAUGUCAGAGAAAAGUCUAUCAUAUCAAAUUUUUCCUGGUAGCCCAACAAACGUUUGACAAAAUCUCAGGAACAGUUUUUAAGUUAACUAUUUCAAAAUUGAGGGUCCCAGGCCAUGUUUCCUGCUUCAAAAGACCAGGUUAUCUUGAGCCCUUAUUAUGGAAAAAAUCUCUGUGCAGUAGUUACAUAAUGUGUCUUCAUUAACACUCGGAUACCGUCCACGUUAUUACUAAUUACACUCGUUUAGCUCGUGAUGAAGCUUGCAAAACUUAACCAUGUUUGUUGCGAUAUUUUGAUACUUUUAUAAUGUGUAAUAAACAAUAUCAUUACUAAUUAA